UUGAUAAAAGGCAGGAGGGAGAGUCAGGAAGAUGAUGAAUGAGUUGAGUCGAGUCGAGUCGAGUCGAGCUGUAGCUGAGCUGAGAAGCCGACAAAAAGUGGCGUGUUAAAUGCAUGCCAUAUGGUUGUUUAAUUGUGCAUGAAGGAAGGAAGAAAAAGAGAAAAGAUCCGUAGCUGUCGUUUCAGCUUAUUUGUAACGUAGCUUCAGAUGCCGUGUGGGUGUCAUGGGUUUGGUUCGGCUCAUGAUCUGCCCCCAUUCCUAUUUUCCUCCCCAACCCUUUUUUUAAAAUAAAAAAUAAAAACUAAAAAAUAAAAAAUAAAUUCUCUGAAAAUAUCUGUUUAUAUAUACAAAAUGUGGCUUUCCUUAUUUGUGCAUCUAAGUCUUCAACAUGGGCAUUUCCUCUCUCUUUGAUCGCCACGACAUAUAAAAAAAAAAAAAUCAUAAUCCGUUAGCCAUUUGGUCGCUUUGAGCCGUAUAGAUAAGGAUAUAGAUUAUACAUGGGAAUCUUUUUCUUAUUAAUGCCGGUCAACAAUUAUUGAGGCAAAUGGCAACUCUGGUUGAGUCUUCGAAUGGAACCAGGCAACGAGGGAAGCAUUAUUACACAAUGUGGCAAACAUUGUUCGAGAUUGAUACCAAGUAUAUUCCGAUCAAGCCUAUCGGGAGAGGAGCGUAUGGUGUGGUGUGCUCAUCCAUCAAUAUGGAAACCAACGAGAAAGUUGCAAUCAAGAAAAUCAAUAAUGUGUUUGAUAAUCGGGUUGAUGCUCUGAGGACUCUGAGGGAGUUGAAGCUUCUUAGACAUGUCCGGCAUGAGAAUGUGAUUGCUUUAAAGGAUAUUAUGAUGCCUAUCUACAGGGAAACUUUCAAGGAUGUGUAUUUGGUUUAUGAGCUCAUGGAUACAGAUCUCCAUCAAAUUAUCAAGUCCUCACAAACUCUUUCUAAUGACCAUUGCAAGUACUUUCUAUUUCAGUUGCUUCGAGGGCUAAAGUAUCUUCAUUCAGCAAACAUCCUUCACCGAGACUUAAAGCCUGGAAACCUCCUUGUGAAUGCUAAUUGUGACCUAAAGAUAUGCGAUUUUGGUCUGGCACGAACAAGCAAAGGAAAUGGCGAGUUCAUGACAGAGUAUGUAGUCACUCGCUGGUACCGUGCACCAGAGCUACUCCUGUGCUGUGACAAUUAUGGAACUUCAAUUGAUGUCUGGUCUGUAGGAUGCAUUUUUGCCGAAGUUCUUGGUCGGAGACCAAUCUUCCCUGGAACUGAAUGCCUGGACCAACUAAAACUAAUCAUCAACGUCCUUGGCAGCCAACAAGAAGCUGAUCUUCAGUUUAUCGAUAAUCCAAAGGCUAGGAGGUACAUAAGGUCCCUGCCUUAUUCUAGGGGAAUUCAUCUUUCCCAUCUGUACCCCCUGGCCGAUCCAUUAGCCAUAGACUUGCUGCAAAGGAUGCUCGUGUUUGAUCCAACUAAGAGAAUCACCGUCACAGAAGCACUUCAACACCCUUACCUGUCAGAUCUUUAUGAUCCAAGACAGAAUCCUCCUGCCCAGGUCCCUGUCAAUCUUGAUAUAGAUGAGAAUUUGGGGGAGAAAAUGAUUAGGGAGAUGAUGUGGAAUGAGAUGAUUCAUUACCAUCCAGAAGCUGUUUAUGCCAAUUCAUAAUAAGUAGCGCUCCUGAGGCUUUAAUUUCCUUCACCUCAUUCCUUCACAAGAUGUGUUUUUAGGACUGCGUUUUAUUUAGUUUCCUAGGAAGAACUAUGAGAAAUAUGCCUUUGAACACCAUAAUUUACAAGAGAUUUUGUUGUUUAAUUUUAUUUUAUUUUAUUUUUUUGUUUUUGGUAUCCGGUUUAGUAGUUUUAGCUAGACCUUGCAUCUUGUAAUUAUGUAGGUAAUUGUUAAACUAAAAUUUGAUGUACGGCUAUUUAUUAUCUUGUAUUGUUAUUGAUAGUCCAUCUGAAACAUUUCCUUUGAAGAAACGGAGGAGCUAAAUAAAGAAAUGCAUCCGCUUGUUGCUGUUU